AUGGAGCAUCAUUUCCACACGAUUUUGGACAUUUUAUCCGACUGGAGAUUAGACAAGAAAAAGGACAUUCCACUCAUCGACGCGAUUAACCUCGCUCACAAAGAAUACGUCUGCCAAAGCGCGGAAAGAUACUCAAAAACAGAAAUGAAACUGCUCGAGACGACUCAUGGGGAGAAAAUUGAGGCGGAUAGAUGCGUCGUGUCAAUCCCACUCGCCCUCAUGAAAAGGAAAACCAUCAAUUUCACCACCGACUUAUCUCCGCGAAAAUGGCGCGCUGUAGAAAACAUCGGUGCCGGCCUGAUAGAAAAAUGUCUCCUCCGCUUCGAUUCAAAAUGGUGGAGUUACAAGAUCGGAGGCGCUGAUUUCUUUGGCUCCAUCAGCGUUUCUGGCUCCGACUCAGGCGUCGACGCUGAUGAUGAACACGAUACAAAUCACGAGCCCAGAGCCCCUGAGCUUCCACAUUACACGCUGGGGAAAAGAAGAAUACUCCCAUAUGAGUUAUUCAUUUAUCAAACUCGGUUCAACCGGAAAAGACUACGACAAAAUGGCGGAACCAGCUUCGGAUCGAUUAUUUUUCGCUGGAGAAGCCACCAAUCGGUAUUUCCCACAUACAGUGACAGGAGUGACAGUCCCUACUUAUCCGGAGUUCGCGAAGCAGCGAGAAUUUUCAAGCUAGAACACAAGAAACUCAACCCUGAUUCGAAAUUCUCCGGCGACUCGAUUUUCGAUCAAACUUCUCUUCAUCCCCAGAAGCGAAAGAGCGAGUCAAUCAACCAAAAACCGCCUUCAAAGAAAAUCGAACGACGAAAAUCCGAGCCAAUUCCAACCAUAUCGUCUCUCCUUUUCCAACAUCAAGAAUCACCAGGUGUUCUUCAUGAAGAAUUCGUCUCGUCGCUAGAAAACCCAAUCGUUGUUUACAACCGCGUUCCAAAAACUGCCUCCACUGCCUUUACCCAUCUUCUCUACGACCUAACCAGAGAAAACUCAAUCUACGUCAUCCAUGUUAAUACAACCGUGCCGAGACAGAAUCCCGCAAUCAUGUCCCUCCAGGAUCAAAUGCUCCUUCGACAAAAUAUGACGACUUGGGGCAUUACUCCUGCCUUUUAUCAUGGUCAUUUCGCCUUCUUCAACGUCCCAAAUGUCUUCUGGAUCAAUUUGGUUCGGAACCCAUUUGACCGACUGGUCUCGAACUACUACUUUCUCCGAUAUGGUGAUAACUUCCGAAAAGGACUUCUGAGGAGUAAGAACGGCGAUACGACGACCUUCAACGAAUGCGCGAAGAAAGAGUCAAGCAAAGACUGCUCGAUUCAGAAAAUGUGGAUUCAGAUUCCUUAUUUCUGCGGCCAAGUUGCAGCAUGCUGGGAGCCCGGAAGCCAUCCUGGAGAACGAAAUUCCCGCAGUCUUCAAGGUAAUUUUCACGAAGAGACGUUCAAAAUCCUCGGCAAAUAUCUCGAGAAAGAGCUGGGCGAGUCAAACAUAAAAGUGUGUAGACGACGAGGAGACAACCUUACCAACAAUAAACCUAGAGGACUUACGCGUGCCCGGGAUCACAGCGAAAAUCUCCGCCAAUGGCAAUCCGAUGUUGGCUUCGUCGACGGCAACAAAUUUCAUCUUCUCGAGUACACGAUCCCAAUCUUUUUGCAAAACAAAGAUGAGAUGUGCGAAGCUGUCACUGGCUCUGGAAAGACGCUGGCCUUCCUUUUGCCCGCGCUGCACAAAAUGAUCUCUUCCGGGGCAAAGGACAAGAUCUCCUUCAUCGUCAUUUCUCCGACCAGAGAGCGCGCCAAUCAAACUCAUACAGUUUUGCUGCGAUUUCUCGAUGUUCUUGAAAAGUACACAGCGAUGACCUGCAUCGGCGGAGUAACAAAGAUCCAGGAAGACAUGGAAAUGCUGGAAAAGUCGACUCCAAAUGUGAUCAUCGCGACUCCGGGAAGAAUGGACGAUUUGAUUAAACGUGUGCUCAAGGCGAAGCUGAAGACUGUGGAGAUGUUGAUUAUCGACGAAGCGGACCAGAUUUUGGACAUUGGUUUCGAAAAAGCGAUCAAUUUCAUUUCGUCAAAUCUUCCAAAGCAGCGGCGAACCGGUCUUUUCUCCGCGACGCUGAACGAAAACGUCCUCCGUCUGAAAAAGGCUGUUACGACGGAUCUGCUCUGCCGCGGCGUCGAUAUUUCCGGCUGCGUGGACUACGUCAUCCAGUUCGAUCCUCCAACCUUUGCUCCAAACUUCGUCCACCGCGCUGGCAGAACCGCUCGCGCUGGAAAAAGCGGAGAAAACCUGGUCUUGGUGACUCCGUCGGAGCACGAGCAAAACUACCUCGAGCUCAUCAAACUCAACCAAAAAGUCGGCGACAUGGUCGAGUUAAUAGAAGAUUUCGAGAUUUUGGAACUGGAGAAGGUCAGGGAGAUCCAGUUGAAGGACAAGAGGAACUUUGAAUACGCGCAGAGGGCGUUCCCGAGCUUUGUUUGUCCCUACAUCUGUCCCUACUCAAAGAAAUCAAAUUCCAAAGCUAGACUUGCGAAAUGCUUUUCGAGGACAGGGGAAGUCGAGCGAAUCUGCCGAGAAUCGAACUGCUACGAGCCUGAAAAAGUCAAGAACGUCUUGAAAGAGCAGAAAAUGUGGGACCAACUUCCUUUGAUAAUCGUCUGCGAUCGAUUCGACUUCGUCCACGACUCGGCUCUCCAUCUUUACAGAAAUAAUCUCCAGAAACACAUCGAGAUCUACGUCCAGAAAGUUAACCCAUCUCGACUCCCUCAGCUCCUUCUCACGUGGCGAGAGUCGCGAAUAGCUGAAGACUGCCAAGAACCCGCCACCCACAAUGCUUUGGCCGAGAUCUACAUUGAUGCCAACAACCCUGAGCGAUUCCUUCGGGAGAACCCCUUCUAUUUCUUCGCUGUUGUCGGUAAAUACUGCGAAAAGCAAGAUCCUCAUCUCGCAUAUGGUGGCACUGGAAUGCCUCCGACCGAGGAAGAGAUGAUGGAGAAACAAAGAAAACCAGAAAAGAGGAAGCAGGAGAUUAGCUAUGAAGACGAGUUGGAAGCGAUGUGGGCGGAGCCUAAGAAAAGAUCCAAGCAUGAGGGCAAAUCUGCUGCUGAAAUCAAAGAAAUCAGAAACAAACUCACUGGAAAGCUGAUGCGUGCCGAUCUCAAAGGCAACAAAGAAAAAGCUGCGAAAAUUCAAAAAGUAAUCGACGAAUUAACAGAUGAAAAGACAAUCGUCGUUCAAAAAUACGAUGCCCGUGGUCGAAUCCGUCCAAGUAACCAGAAACGCGAAUCUGAUAUUUCUGCUCUUCUUCGUGAUGAAAAGAAUGACGAUGGAGGAAUGGAUGAAGACCGUGAACGAGCAAAGAACAGGAUGAUUCAUAGAAGCCUCGAAAACUGUCGGUUUUGCUAUUCGAAUAAGAAACUCCGCGACUCAAUUUGCUGGGUUGGCCAACACGUGUACCUAGCUGUUACAGGCUCCGAACCGAUGGCAGAAGGGCACUGCAUCAUCGUUACAAAAGAACACUAUCCAAAUCCGCCGUCAUGCGAUGAGGAUGUCGCACGCGAGAUCCUCAACCUGCGAAGAAUGCUUACUGGGUAUUUCAAAGCAAAGAACGAUACAGAGCCAGUUUUUAUCUCUACAGCGACGAAGGGUUUCCCGCAUUUUGUCACGGAAUUCGUUCCAAUCGACAUGGAAGAGGCUGAAAUGGCGCCACUGUACUUCCAGAAAGCGUUUCAAGAUGCAGGCGGACUGGCGGACAUAUCUCCUUUAAAAUGGCGAAAACCGGCGUUGGAUGAAGAAGCGGAAGUGAUAUUCCGCGCGGAGCAAAUGGAAAAGAGCCUCAAGGAACAGUGCGCUAUCGGAUUGAAAAUGAAGCCUUCACCCCACUUCAAAUCGCCGGAGAAGACUUCUAACAAAUCAUCCAACUCGAAGCUGGCCUCAGAUCUUGAUCCCGACCAACCAACGCCGAGUCCGCAACGAAAGACAAGAUCUGCAAAGGAGAUUCUCCAAUCUCAGGAGAGCACCGAUGGCUGGGAAACUCAGGAAACUCAACUUUCUCAACUGAGCCGAUAUGAGAUGAUGGAGCGAGCUGCUGAGUUUUCUCAAAGCACUACUGAUGCUUCUUCAGAUAAAAAUCGCACAGAGCAAACACCAAGAGCAGGAAAGAAGCAAACCAAAGCUGUCAAACCAUCUCCAAAAGCCACGCACUCGAUAAGCGACGAUCCCCUGGAAGGAAUUUCCGUAUCAGUCAGUGGUGAACUACUCAAUGAUGAGGUGCCUUCGGAUCCAGAGAUCUCCCUCUCCGUCAGCGGAGAACUUUUCGAUGAUGAGCUGCAGCCAAUGGACACUGCGCAGAUUUCCCAGCAAGACGAAGAAGAAGCCAACUCUUCUCAAGGCUCCUCCGUCUACAAAACGCCUGAAAAGAGUCGACCGAAAACGCCCAGUAAGACUGAUCAAUCAGCACCCGCUUCACCUCCACAGCCCCCGAGAAAGCUUCGUCGAAGACUCUUCAAUGAAAAUCAGGAAGAACCGAUGGAGUCCCCGGAGAUAACCAUGGCGUCCUCGGGAGAUACGACACGGAGAUCAAAAAAGGUCGAAUCAAAAGAUGCCUGGUCACAGGUUUCUGGAGAGACGCUAAGAGAGACUGACGUGAGAAAAAGAAGGACUCACGAUGUGCUGAACUUAUGCGCCGAAGAGUCUCAAGAAGAAAAGUCGCAAGAAGGGAUGAACCAGACUCAGCAAGUGAACGAUCUUUUAAACCACACAGCGCUUGUUCUCGACUCACAACAGUCAGCACAAGCAACUCAAGCUCGACAUGAGUCAACAUCGGCAACUCAAAUUCAACCUCAACAAGAGUCACAAGGGACCAACGAAAAAUAUUUUACGCCUCCCACUUCUCCAACUUUGGAGCAAGCCUCAGCGACACAGAAGACUUUCGACGAGGAUUUAGAUGACGAUUACUUUGCGAAGCUCAAAUCGCCGACGAGGAAUGCUGAAAUAAAGCAAAUUAACAAGCAAGCAGAUCAGGCUUAUCAGCAAAAACGAGUUAACAGAAAAAUGCCAAGAUCUAGAGCAAAACCAACGCGUGAUGAGGUCAAAGAAUCGGUGGCUAAAGCCUGUCGCAAAGCACAAGCUGGCGGAAUUAGUCGACGUCUGGAAGUCGCGAGAGCUUUUAUUUCAAGAAGAAACCGAGCACGAGAUUCGAGCGAUCCCUUGAAUCGAGAACUCGAAAAUGCGACUUCUUGGGAGCCAAAAGUACCGAAUGCGAAUUUUUCUCAAAAAAGAGUUUACAGAAAAAUGCCGCGGUCUAGAGCAAAACCAACGCGCGACGAGUUGAAUAAAUCUUUGGCUAGAGCCCUUCGAAAAUUACAAGUUGGCGGUAUUAGUAGACGUCUGGAAUUCGCGAGGGCUUUUAUUUCAAGAAGAAACCGAGCACGAGAUUCGAGCGAUCCCUUGAAUCGAGAACUUGAAAUUGCGACUUCUUGGGAGCCAAAAGUACCCAAUGUGAAUUUUUCGGAGCCCGUUCCAGGAUCAUCAAGCCGUUUCAAAAAGCGUCUUCCAGUAGCGGAAAAGCCUACAAAAGAAAAACCGGGACCUUCGAAGUCUAAAUCUUCCAAAUCGCAAAGUCAGGAACGCUCGCAGCCACGAGAAGAGCAGGAGUCAGCUCAUAACUGGUCGCAGCAAGCUUUGUUCGAUGAAUCUGCGGAGGAUCGACAAGCACUAUCGCCUGAACAUGAUCAAUCCCCACCCGCGCCAAUUGACAGAGAGGACGUUCGCGAAUCUACGUUUCCCACCUCAAACAAGAGAAAGCUUCAGACUCCUGAAAAGGACGCGCAGGGCGAAGCAAGCGCGAAAGAUCACGCAGCGAAAAGGAGCAAGCACGAGAAGGAAAAUAUAACGCCUAAGAAAAGCGCGUCAAAGCCGACGAUUCUUAAGCCAGCUGUGGAUACCACCAUUGCUCGUCGUCCAGGAAGAGAUGCCCUGAGCGAGAUUUCGGACUUGUCUUCUGCAUUUGAUAAUGACAGUCCAAUUAGAGGCGUCGGAAAGAUGAAACAAAGUCAAAAGAAAGCAACCAAAGAAAAGAGUGCGAAACUGAGGUAUGACGAACCAACGUGCAGCAAGAAUCUAACACCUCCAGCGAUGCCACCAGAUGCUGAUCUUUCUAGCUUCUUGAACUCGAGCGAGGAUGAGGAAGUUCGUCGACCGCAAAGUCGUCCUCGGAGAAGAAAUAGAUCGCCAACAGCUAGCAUGUCGAAGCUCACCAAAUUACGAUCACCAGAGAAGUCACCAUCGCCAUCUAAAUCAAAAAAGAAGCCGAUUUCGAUGAAGAAAAAACAUCCAAAAAUUAUUCCUUCUGCAGCUCGAAAGCCUCCGAGAAGCAUCACUUCGUCCGUGGAGACAAGGGAUACGCGAGAAGAAUAUGAUGAGAAAACAAUCGUCAUCAAAGAUGUGAAGAACAUUAAGGGUACAAUUGGAUUCAGGCUCAAAGAAUAUAGCGAAGCAGGAAUCUACAUCAGCAAGGUUGUCCCGGGGUCGUUAGCAGAUAAAGCUGGUCUUCGUGCUGGAGAUACUAUCAUUUGCUUCAACGGUGUGAAAUGCUCCGUCAACAGCCGAGUCAACCUGUCUAUACUGCUACCAGUCAUCGUCGAAUCGGCUUUGAAAGACUUUGAAUUCACUGUUCUUCGCGAUGUACCCGACCAGUAUUCGGAGGAAGAAGACGUUGACACAUCAGGAGGUUCAGACAUUCCAGAUGCAGAGCCUGCAAAAGAAAAACCGGGACCUUCGAAAUCUAAAUCUUCGGAAUCGCAAAGUCAGGAACGCUCGCAGCCACGAGAAGAGCAGGAGUCAGCUCAUAACUGGUCGCCGCAAGUUCUGCUCGAUGAAUCUGCGGAGGAUCAACAAGCACUAUCGCCUGAACAUGAUCAGUCCCCACCCGCGCCAAUUGACAGAGAGGACGUUCGCGAAUCUACGUUUCCCACCUCAAACAAGAGAAAGCUUCAGACUCCUGAAAAGGACGCGCAGGGCGAAGCAAGCGCUAAAGUUCAAGCAGCGAAAAGGAGCAACCACGAGAAGGAAAAUAUAACGCCUAAGAAAAGCGCUUCAAAGCCGACGAUUCUUACGCCAGCUGUGGAUAACACCAUUGCUCGUUGUCCAGGAAGAGAUGCCUUGAGCGAGAUUACGGACUUGUCUUCUGCAUUUGAUAAUGACAGUCCAAUUAGAGGAGUCGGAAAGAUGAAGCAAAUUCAAAAGAAUGCAACCAAAGAAAAGAGUGCGAAACCGACAGGAAAGGGGCAUGACGAAGCGGAGAAUCAACCGACGUGCAGCAAGAAUUUAUCACCUCCAGCGAUGCCACAAGAUGUUGAUCCUUCUAGCUUCUUGGACUCGAGCGAGGAUGAUGAGGUUGAAGAAGACGUUGACACAUCGUCUGACGAGUC